AAUGUUUAAUUUUUGAACAAAUUUUGCGUUUAAUCUUAAUUUUUCCACCAACUUUAUGUCUAAUUUUACGUACAAUUUUGAGAGAAAGUUUGUUUGAUGGAUUGGAUGUAGGAUUGUUAGCGUGGGACACAAUGUUUGCGUGUGAAAAGGAUGUUGUGGUGUCGCCAGGCCGCGUGGUGAACAUGUCCAGCUCCGACGCCCGCAUGGGGGACGUCAUGCGCUCGCCCGACUGCGUGUCCAAAUACGGCGUGGAGGCCUUCUCCGACUGCCUGCGCCACGAGAUGAAGCCCUGGGGGGUCAAAGUGUCGCUGGUGGAGCCGGGGAACUUCACCGCCGCCGCGGGACUUCUCACCCGCCACGCCGCGCCCGACAAGCUGUGGGCCGAGGCGCCGGCGGGCGUGCGGGAAGACUACGGCAGAGUCCACUUCCAGCGGCGGGCGGCGCCGGUGCGCUCUUUCCGCGGCGGCGGGCGGACGGACGUGGGUCCUGUGGUGCAGGACGUUGUGGACGCCAUCAGGUCCAAGCAUCCUUACACCCGCUACAACCCCAUGGAGCCUCGCUGCUGGCUGCGCAUGCAGCUGAUGACACAUCUUCCUGCCGCCCUCUCAGACCUGCUCUACUUUUAAACCCUCUUUCACUUUCUAUCCUCACAUAUUUCACAUGAAUAAUCAUAAUAAUAAUAAUAAUAAUGUAGAGCAUCAGUAUGCAUUCAAUGUUGACACUGCAGUGAUUUAGGGCAACUGUAACAACAAACACCACCAGAGGGCGCCCUUGGAUCAUGUUUGAUUUACUCUACUUGUACGUCGACAUUUUCUAAAAUAAAUCAAAAAAUGUUUGACAAAAUAUAAUUACUGCAACCAAGGUGGUGAAUUGGUCUUUCAAUGUUUUUCCA